AUUGCAAUAGUCUUACAAGUUUCGUCCUGAAUUGAUUUUGCGGCUCACACAUCCUCUGGCCCGGACUCAGGGUCCCGGGUAUGCAUCUUCUGUUUCCGCCGUGGCUUUUGGUAUGAAAAGAUAGCGCCAAUCAUGACAGCCAGCCACUGGAUUUUAUUACCCGAGUCGUCCUGAGUCUACUCCCUACUCGCUCCUCGGUGGCCCAGACCCAUCCGAUGACCCAAGUGUUCUCAAAAUACUCCGUACGGAGUAUCUGUCUUAUACGGAUAGAUCUGGCACAGGAUCAAAUGGUGUCGAGGCAGUCGUGGCUAUGACAAGUCACCAGGAUCGCCAGCUUCAAAGCCCCAUGAAUUGCUCAAUGACCAUGCUGGAAUCCUGAGAGACGCGAGCAAAUGAAUCCUCCCCAUCACGUCGAUUGCUUCUUCAGCUUCAAGCCAUGGGCGUAUACUUUGUACAGUGCGGCUGGUACAAUUUCCCCGCUAGCCGAGGCAAAUCUUCCUCCAUUCCAAAUAGGAGACGGUCACGAAACCAUGUUGAUAUCUCACUUUAUUAAUUCCUAACAGUUCCCACGGUGUGGUAUUGUGUGCCAUUCUAGCAGGUCUGACAUAUCAUGUAAGAUCUUGCACGACUUUGGGUAUAUCCGCGAGCCACAACCGCUGAUUAUCGAACCUUGUCUUGCACAAAGUAAGCCUACAUUAAUAGAACGACUUCGACUUGGAGCUUCCUGGGAGUUACACAGCAAUCCUCCGCUCCAUCACAACAAACUUGCUUUCCGUCGCUUGCCGAUGAACGACGCGCUAAUAGCUCUUUGCGCAGUCAUGUCGGUUUUCAGACCUCCAAGGGAAGGCAUUACGCUCGAAUACUUGCUCAGACCUGUCAGCGUCCUGCUCCAUCCAAUUAUCUCGGCGAGCCUACUACUUGCAGCUGUGAAACGACCAGCAGAGACGCAGAAGUUUGUUUCCUCAAUCACCAAGAAUACAAUCUCGUUCGAGUCGUUCAAAUUGACCGUCAAAAUUCUGCUUGCGGCUGGUACCAUAUCCAAGGUGAAUGGCUAUCUCAACCGCCUGGCUCUCAACAACUAUGUUACCGACCACUCAUGGGAUUGGAGUCGGGAAAUAGUGCUCUGUACAGGCGGAUCAAGCGGGAUUGGCCAACAGAUCGUGGACCAGCUGGCCAAAAAAGGUGUCAAGGUGGUGAUCCUUGAUGUCAACCGUCCAACAUCUGCUCUUCCUGGUAACGUGUCGUUCUACCGAGUAGACAUUACUUCGACGCCAGAGAUACAGAAGGUUGCUUCAAGAAUUCGUCAAGAGAUCGGAAAUCCUUCAAUUUUGAUCAACAAUGCCGGCAUUGGGUCCGGUGCUACCAUUCUUGAUGAAACUGAGCAAGAAUUGCAGAGCACAUUCGACGUCAACAUCCUGGCGCACUUCAAGCUGGUCAAGGAGUUCCUUCCUCAUAUGGUUCAGCGCAACCACGGCCACAUUGUCACAAUCGCCAGCAUAGCAAGUUUUGCCUCAGUCGCCAAUAAUGCCAGUUACUCCGCCACCAAGGCCGGCGCUCUAGCAUUCCAUGAAGGCCUUGCACAAGAGUUGAAAGCAAGGUAUGGGGCUAAUAAAGUGCGAACCACGGUUGUACAUCCAUUCUGGGUGAGGACACCUCUGACGCACAAGCUGACAACACUGAAGGAGUGGAAAGAAUUCACGAUGGAACCAGAAACAGUGGCGGAAGCUGUUGUUUCUCAGAUUUUGAAGGGCGAGAGUGCUCAACUGAUUAUACCCGCUCGCUUCAAUUUUGCAGGCGGGUUAAGAGGCUGGCCUAGCUGGCUACAGGAGCUCCUCCGAGGGAGUGGUGCUAUCCCACAGAUCAGAUAGCGCUCUUUCCUGGCAAUGGCACAUUUCUCAAUCUUGUAAUGAGCUAUCACGGGC